UCAAAAACCAGCUUAUUCAUUCUAUUCCAAACACAUGAAGUCUUGCAUAAACAAUCCGGUGAGAGGACAGACAUCUAACAAGGGACACGAAAUUCUCAAAAACCUUCAGGUUUUACUGUGAAUAUGAACAGGUUUGCUGGAGUUUUACGACGUACGUUUGGAAUAGUACGCGAGCACGUUGGGACGGAUCAUGUGGGAAAUAAAUAUUACUGUAUCCCAGAACAGAAGACAUGGACAGGCAGGUUGGUCCGUGCCAAGCGGAUGGUGGUGGCAGCUAAUCCUACAGAAUUUGAAUAUAUGGAAGGCAACAUACCAACGGAGUGGGACGCUUGGAUCCGAGGCAGACGGAAGGAGCCCCCCUCUGUCGAGGAGCUGCUGAAGAAUCAGACUUACAGAGAUAACAUCAAAAUCAAGGCCCAGGAGGUGGAGGAGAAAGAUCAGACCCUACAGGCCAAGGAGUAUGAGGAUGGUCUUGUGGCGACUCCUGCAAAGACUCUUGCCAAAGGCCAUGCAGCUUCCACCGGCUUCGGCAAGCAGGAGAUCAGCGAGGACCCCACCAGCAAUGCCAACACCUUCCAGCCUGGCUCCUGGUUGCCCAAGAAAUAGACUGAGACAUCCACAUUCACUGAGACCGCUGUACAAUAAAAUACAAUCCAAUAGAAAAACCUUGCAAUAAAAAACGACCUAUGUGAAACUGAGUUUCCCAUUCAGUUGAAAUUUUGAAGUGUAACGUUAGAAGCAACUUUAAAUCUAUCAGUUGUAUUUAGGCUGCAAUCAUUUCAAGGGUGUUUCAUUGGAUUGUUAUACAUUGUCAGUUUUCUAUUUUCAUACUCCCUUGCUGUACAUUGUAUAUAAUAGAGACAAUAGGCGUCUGUCACCUUGAAGCUAAAUAACCAUAAUGAUUUAAUGGAGCCAAACGGUCUGUUAAUAAAG